AUGCAACCACAGGGACAGUCAGAUAACUACACCACAUCUCGACAAAUACCACCACAGGGACAGUUAGAUAACUACACACCUCGACAAAUACCACCACAGGGACAGUCAGAUAACUACACACCUCGACAAAUACCACCACAGGGACAGUUAGAUAACUACACACCUCGACAAAUACCAACACAGGGACAGUCAGAUAACUACACACCUCGACAAAUACCCCCACAGGGACAGUCAGAUAACUGCACACCUCGACAAAUACAACCACAGGGACAGUCAGAUAACUACACACCUCCACUAAGAUCACCACAUGGACAGUCAGAUAACUACACAUCUCCACUAAGAUCACCACAGGGACAGUCAGAUAACUACACACCUCCACUAAGAUCACCACAGGGACAGGAUAGUCAGAUAACUACACACUUCGAAAAAGAUCACCACACGAAAAGACAGAUAAAUACACACCUCUACCAAGAACACCCUAGGGACAGUCAGAUAACAACACACCUGGACAAAGAUGACCACAGUGACAGUCAAAUUACUAAACACCUCGACAGAGACCACAAUUUGGACAUUCAGAUAACUACACACCUGGACAAAUAUCACCACUGGGGCAGUCAGAUAACUACACACUUCGACAAAGAUCACCACACGGACAGACAGAUAAUUACACACCUCGACAAAGACCAUUACAGGGACAGUCAGAUAACUACACACUUCGACAAAGACCACCACACGGACAGUCAGAUAACUACACACUUCGACAAAUACCACCACAAGCACAGUCAGAUAACUACACACUUCGACCAAGAUCACCACACGGACAGUCAGAUAACUACACACUUCGACCAAGAUCACCACACGGACAGACAGAAAAUUACACACUUAGACAAAGACAACCACACGGACAGUCAGACAAAUACACACCUCGACAAAGACCACCACACGGACAGACAGAUAACUUAA